CAGUGACCAACCUGCUGCUGUGGCGUCAGCAUCUUCCGCAGGCGGCCCGAUGGCGAUUGAUCCGCCAGUGAAACGUUUAAAGUGGGAUAUUUUAGGAAAAGCUCGGCUGGGAGAAGCGCACCGACCGUCUCGACGAAAGACGCAGAACAUAAAACCCGCUCUGAGAUGAAACCGUGCAGAGCGCAGAGCAAACACAGGUGUGGGAGAGAAACAGGCUCAUGUGAUGCAGAUGAGCUGCAGGUGGAAACCAUAGCAACAGGCGUGUCCUGUGUUUGUGUCCUGAAGAUGCCGCUCCGCUUAAUCCAGGUUGCAUCAGAGUCUGAAGUCAAGAAAAGACAGGCAGCCGUACCAUGGAUAUCCCCAUGGAAGACCAGCGGCUCAAAAACAACUUAAUGUGUAUAUGACAUACGAUCAACCAUGAAAACCUUCCUCUGGGUUGAUAACUACUGAUAAUAGCUGCUAUGGCUUUCUGUAAUGAAAGCCUGCUGGAGAAUUGUGACUUCAUGGAGCCGGAGGAAGGUUUGCCGGAGGAAGCCGCGACCCCACUGAUAUCAGUCACUCUGCGUGUGACUCUGGCGGCCAUAAUGAUCUUCAUGAUUACCAUCGGUUUCCUCGGCAAUGCCAUCGUGUGUCUGAUUGUUUACCAGAAACCCGCCAUGCGCUCCGCCAUCAACCUCCUCCUCGCUACUUUGGCCUUUUCCGACAUUAUGCUCUCUCUGCUCUGCAUGCCCUUCACUGCAGUGACGGUCGCCACUGCCGACUGGAGCUUUGGGAGCGGGUUCUGCCGAGCCUCCAUCAUGCUGUACUGGCUGUUUGUCCUGGAGGGAGUGUCCAUCCUCCUCAUCAUCAGUGUGGACCGAUUCCUCAUCAUUGUACAGCGGCAGGACAAGCUGACUCCACACAGAGCUAAACUGCUGAUCGCGGGUUCAUGGGUGUUGAGCCUGUGUGUGUCCCUGCCGUCUGUGGUCGGGUGGCGGACGGGCGCAGCAGGUAUUGGGGGUGCCUGGGCACCACAGUGUGUUCUGGGAUAUAGCGAGUCUGUGGCAGACCGUGGGUACACAGUGCUGUUGGCGGUCGCAGUAUUCUUCGUGCCAUUCACCGUCAUGCUGUACUCUUACAUGUGCAUCCUCAACACGGUACGCCACAACACCCUGCGCAUCCACAACCACACCGGUGAGCACUCCUGUCUGCCAGCACUCAACCAAGUCAGCAAGAUGAGACUCAGUGGGCUGCAGCGCCCCCCUCAGGUCAAAGUGGACAUGAGCUUCAAGACCCGAGCCUUCACCACCAUCCUCAUCCUCUUUGUGGGCUUCUCAGUGUGCUGGCUGCCGCACACCGUGGUCAGCCUGUUGGCCGUGUUCAGCCGAAAGUUUUACUACAGCCCGGUCUUCUACCCAAUCAGCAUCGGCGCUCUGUGGCUCAGCUACCUGAAGACGGUUUUUAACCCCGUCAUCUACUGCUGGAGGAUCAGGAAGUUCAGGGAGGCCUGUCAGGAGUUCAUUCCCAAAAGCUGCAGACUGUGUCCCAAAGUGCCGGGCAGGAGCCGCAGGAGAGUGAGGCCCAGUAACAUUUAUGUGUGCAGCGAGACUCAGUCAGCCGUGUGAGACGAGGAGGACCAGUUUGAUAGAUGCUCAAACCAGAAGCUUUUCCUAUCAACUGUUUUUAACUCCUAAUUUUCCUCAUAAUAAACAAUGAGAGGCCACUAAAGUCCAUUAAAAAUAAUUUACUGGUUGUUCACCAAAUAAUCUCACCUCAAAAAUGGAUUUAUCAUCUCAACUUCAAUGCACUUUAUGGAAAAUACAUGGUACACCUACUUUGUUGAAUUUAUGCUCAGAGUGGUCAGAAAAACAUAAAUUUCAACUUCUUUUUGAUAAAUUAUUUCUUUUACUGGGUUUCUCGUGGUCCAUAUAAACAAUGAAAGUGAUUCUACGGUACUUACAGUGAAAGUUAAAUCUCCUUGAGCCUUCUGUAAGACUUGUAGCAAAAGACAAUGAGGGCAAAUUAAGAAAAAGAAUAGAUACACAAAAAAUCUAAUAAUAAAAUGUAACAUAAAAAAUAUAUGAGUGGGCCUUCAUACUCAAAUUGUGUUACGAAGAGAAAAUGGAUAAAAAAUGUAAUGAGUAAAACAAAUCCAAUCCAAAAUUACAGUAUUUUCAAAACCUUGCUUUGUUGCAGUCUGAUACAACAAGUGAUUCCAUCCUAUAUAUAUGUCAUAAAUAAUUUCCAUCCAGUCGACAGCUGUAUCUGGUUUUGACCACUUUAUAGUAAUCCAAAACAAAUGUCCAACAUGAGAGGAAAUAUAUCCUGAAGGUAGAGCACCCAUGUAAAGGGUCACCAGUUUAAAGUGAAUAUCUACUUGAAGCACUUUUUGCAAAACUUUCCUGCCAGAAAGGUAUUAAUUUAUUAUUAUUAACUUCUAAUGUUCAAUGGUAAUGCAUAUAAAAGACCUUGUGGUGGGAUUAAUUUGUGUUAAAUAUAAAUAUUGAAAUUUCAGUACAAUAUACUGGUUGACUUUAAAUCAUGAUCGUUAUUCUUCUGAAGCUUACUGCUAUUAAAAAGAAUCAUAUCCUCCAUUUUCCAUUUAUUUCCCUGUUUCAUAUUUUCUCCCUCAAGUGUUUCAUCGUUGUUCUUCUCUUGCUUCAGACUAAACUCAGUAUUCAUUGUAUGAGUAGUAUUGGUGAUAAUGCUUCAGUUUUUGAUUAUGUAAUAAAAACAUGUAUGGUUUUAUUUCUCAGAGAAAAGUAUGAAGGCUUUUUUAAUGGCGCAGGAACAUAAACUUGUCAUUUGAGAACUUAUUUGGGAUGAAUGACUGAGCUCUGAUUGUUGACUUGAUGGAAUCACAUCAAUAAAUAUAGUUUUCGAA